AUCACAUAAUGACAUCAAUUUUACGGGGUAGAAACAAAGAGCAAACACGCCUACAUUAAUAAAUAAUUACCUACCUUCCUACUUUCCCAUCUCAGAUUCCUUUCACCAGUUACCUCCAUUCUCUGCUGAUGGUUUUUUAAUCUCAUUCAAACCUCUUUGAACGUCGAACUGCAUAAAAAAAGACACUUGCCUCUAUCAUUUUACAGAAGAAGACAACCAUCAAAAUGUCGUCCAACACCUUUUCAAACACGAACACCGGCGACAAGCCUGAGGACCCUUACAAGGCCAAAAACCUCGACACCACUUCAACCACCAAGGAGAAGAUUGACGAUCUCGCAAAGUUCAUGGACUCCUGCAAGUUUGGCAUGAUGACAACUCGCGACAGCACAACCAGCUACUUGCACUCCCGCUGCAUGGCCUUGGCUGCCAAGGAGACGGGAGGCAUUGAUCUCCUCUUUCACACCAACACCGAGUCCGGCAAGACGGAUGAGCUCGCCUCAGACCCACACAUCAACAUCUCCUUCAUAAACACAUCAGGCGAGUGGGCUUCCAUCUCGGGAAAGGCCAGUAUCGAGACGGAUCGCUCUUUGGUCAAGAAGCACUAUUCGCAGGAUCUCAAAGCCUGGGUCGGUGAUCUGGGUGACGGCAAGCACGACGGUAGCGCUGAAGACCCUAGGAUCGGUAUCAUCCGUGUCAAGAUGCACUCGGCCGUGUAUUCGGUCGUGAACAAAAACCUGCUCAGCAGGGCCGCCGAUGUCGCGCAAGGUGCCAUCACGGGCAAGGCCCCAACUAUUCAGAAGUUGAGAGAGAUCAGCGAGGAGGAGGUUCUGACCUGGAGGAAGGCCAACUAAGAUGGCGGCUAUUACGAUUUGCAAAGAUUCUCACCCUCGGCUCGGAUAGGGACUGAUGGAGGUCUGGUUAACCAGAGCUGGGACCAUGAUCGUUCGGAUGAGGAACAAAGUUCGAGCUAGGCGCGGCUCGGAGGCUGGAAGGGAGUGACCGACCGUAGACAGCCAUUUCGAUAACAAUCAACCAUGUUGUCUGCCAACCUGAAUUAAACGUUUGAAUUUGAGGCUCCAAACCUCACGGCUGAA